AUGUCGGAAAUAUCUUACAGAAUCUUCAUUCGUAGGACUAAUGCACAUCCGUCGAUUAAAUGGGGCCAAAAGAAAGACCAUAUUUUAUUAACUAUUGCUGUACAAGAUAUUGAUAAGCCAGAAAUUAAUAUUGAAUCCUCAAAACUCCAUUUUAAAGGACAACAAACAAAAGGAUUAACAUACGAUACAACAUUGGAAUUUUUCGAUCAAAUUGAUCCAAAAACAUCAAAGUAUCGUAAAAUAAGUCAAAACCAUUGGGAAUUUAUGUUGAAGAAAAAAGAUUCAACAAAACCAUUUUGGAAACGAUUAAUUAAAUCUGCUGAAAAAUGCUCAUGGAUUACUGUUGAUUGGAAUCACUUCACAGGCGAAGGUGAAGAAGAUGAAGAAACGGAGGGUGCUGCUGGUAAAGAUUGGGGUGAUUUAGAUGGUAUGUUUAAACAAAUGGGUGGAGGUGGUUUAGCUCCUGGGUCAGCACCUGAUCUCAAUGAUCUUGAUGAUGAAGGAACAGAUACAGACGAUGAACCAAUGCCGGAUCUCGAAGAGGUACCACAAACCGAUGAAGAAAAAGUCAAUUCAAAUGCAGCGAAAAAAGAAACUAAAUAA